GUGCAAAAACGUAAUGUGUCUUAUUUUCCCAUGAAUUAAAACAUAAACAAAAUAUCAUUAAGGAGCAUCAAAAUAGAAGACGCUAUGGCGAUGGGGAAGUUUUAAAUAUCCAACCAACGUUUACAUCAGUGAGUUGUAAACAUAGAAUUUGUAUGAUAUAAGGUAGAGGAGUUUAACAAAGUUUAUAACAGAAAAGAGGAAGACUGUACAAACAAGGUUCAAAAUAGACAUACAUAUGUAGAGGCAUUGCUUUGAAAUCUAUGCGUCAAAAUGGUUAACGAAAGCUUAACAACCACUGCUGCAGGGGCACUAACGGUAAACGAUACCAGUGGAUUUGACAAAACGGCAGUAGUUCAAAGGCUGAAUGAUGAAAUGGCACACUUGAUGAUCCCAGCUACAGUCUACAUUUCUGUUUUGAUGGUCUUAGGUCUUGUUGGAAACUGUAUGGUGUGUUAUUAUUAUGGAUUUAAGACAAGACGAACAACAAACAGUUUCUUCAUUGUAGUUCUUGCUUUAUAUGAUAUAACGGUAUGUGCAUUUUGUAUGCCUACAGAAAUAGCUGAUAUAGAACUGUUUUACACGUUUGAAAACAAUGUAGCAUGUAAGAUCCUUAGGUUUGUGAACUAUCUGGCAGGUAUCGGAUCUAUUCUGACCUUAAUUGCUAUAGCUACGGACCGGUUUAAAAAGAUAUGCAAGGUGACGGCCCCUCAAAUGACUAUGAAAACAGCAAAAGUGAUAGGCUCAGUUGUUUUCGGGGCAGCACUCUUGUUGUCAUGGCCUUCCUUGAUUAUUUAUGGUUCUAUUAAAGUAAAUAUUCCCACAGAUCUUGACAUUGAAUUAAAAGGUUCUGAUUGUACUUCUACGAAAGACAGGCAAUACAGAAAGUAUGUAUGGGCAUUCAAUAUCGUACACUUCGUGAUGUUUUUUGCCUGUUCCAUAGUUCUGAUAGUGUUGUAUUCUAUUAUUGGGAAAACAAUAUAUCAACACCAGAAAGGUAUGAGACAAUAUGGAAGUGGAAAUAAGACUGCUUCUUCAUCAAAUGAAACGUCUUUUAGCACAAGUUCUGCCAGAGACGACAGUAAACUGGAAGAUAAUCACGAUUCAAAUAGAAAUACCAACGGCCAAACAAGUGACAAGGCUACUGAAUCGAAAUCUCAGAAGGCAAACAGGGAGAUAUCAAGGAAAUCAACGGUUAAAAGCAAGGACAAGUGUAAGACAAUCGACAGUGAAACAAUUAAACUAACAAUUAUUAUGAUCGUUGUGACCGUGGUAUUUAUAGUUAGUUUUCUACCGUAUCUGUCUUUAACCGUUUGGAGGGUGUAUAAAGGGAAACAUGAGGCGGAGUUCUUGUCGGGUGGAGGUCUAGUUGGUUUCAAAAUUGGCUCAAGAUCUUUUCUACUUAACAAUACAUUGAAUCCCUGGAUAUACGGCAUCUUUAAUAGCAACUUUCGCCGUUUCUUCUUUGGAUGGUUACAUUGCAAAAGAUCUCCCUGAUUCAUUUUAACUAUUCCUUAUUCUGACGCUUACUGAUACCUUCCUUUAGUGCGGAAGACAGUUAUAAUCAAUACAAAAUGUGUCAAUUACGUCUGCUGCCUAUAUAAUAUAUAUGUACAUACAUUUGUAUUCACAUAAUGUCGUGAGAUAUAAACGUAAUUAUUUACAAAUUCCUAAAGGUUUAAGUCUUCAUUUUAAAUGUUAAAAAUCGCCUUUGAAGGCACUGGACUCCAGAUUACGGCUAAAAUGAUAUUUCUUUAAAACUGAAGUUUGGUGACUUAAUAAACAUUGGAAUAUAA